GUAACUACGCUCUUCGCGGAAUGCGCGGCAGAGGGUCGGUGCAGUGGGAAAAACGAAACUACAGCGUGGAAUACACGUCGGACAUCCAGCGAGGACGGUACGGCAAGUGGACCGUGGACUUUACGUGUCCAGAACGUAGGAUCACGGGAAGGCUGGAAGGCGGCAGCGACAGAGCCAAGGCAGUGAAGAGGGCAAUGGCAGAUGUGCAGUGGGAUGCUGACGCGGAUCCUACGCAGAAGGUCGGAGUGGCGGUGGAGAUAGCUGACACUCUGCAGCCGGAUGAGGUGAACAUCGGCGGUAUGGUGGAGAUGUUCACACCACUGGAGGGCUACCAGCACUUGAAAGCGCAGUUGCAGUUCGAGAACAGCACGCGAAGGAUAGCGUGCAUCGCCGAGCUUGUACCGGGGCGCGACAACGACCAGGUCUCAGUCAAGUUCGACCUCCCACUACCUAUCACCAAGAAAAGUUUUGGGCUGACCACUUGGGUCAAAACUCCAUUCGACCCUGUCAGAAUUCUCUCACUCGAGGCUUUGCACAACUUUGACGAAGCUGGGAAACUAGAGGAGUCCUUUGAGAGGAGAUUUUAACCAACACUUCCUGGAAGUCAAGCUCUCUGGCGCCAGCAAAGGGGAUCUUGUGCAGCGCCAAUUUGAAGGAUCUGCUUCGUUUGCCUCCAGCAUCCCGCAAGUUGAGACCUACAAGCUUUCCUUCAACCAUUAUGACAAUGGAAUCAAGUACCUGACUCAAACACUGAUGGACGCCAAUGGAGACCAGUAUUCCGUAAACAUGGAGGCAUCGUUCACGAAAAGUUCAUGUUCAGAUUUCCACAGAUGGCUCCGUGACAAUUCGAGUUCCACAGAGAGAGUGGCCUGCGACGUUGACAUGGAAACACAAGAACUCACUACACGAGCUGAACACCACCCUCACCGCAACCGUGUCCCCGUCACAGACGGUCAAGCUGGGUGUGGGUGGCCUGUUCAAUGCUGUUACUAAAACGGCGGACUGCGAUGUAGCACUCAGUGGUCCGUGGGGAGAGAAUGAGACAAAUCACGUGACUGAACUUCACUUCCACAGAGAAGAGAGUAAGGAAAUGAUGAAAAUGUCCGUGUCGCUGAUGCUAAACAAAGACCAGUAUACUCCUUCUCGGACGAAAACGAGUUGACCAAGACUGCCAUCACACGAAGGAGCAGUCUGUCCAUGAGCAAUCCUCAGAUUCAAGUCCAGACCUUCAUGAACGUCAAAUUUGGAAAGUUUCCGAUGUCGGCCACCGCGCAUGCGCAGAUCAACGGAGACAAGGUCCUGGAUGUCAAGGGCGAAGUACGCAAGGAAAAAGAAGACACCUUCAACUCGCAACUUAAUUUAGCUCUUACGCUUGAUGACGAUGACAACCACCUGGUGGUUGUCCGUGCGAACCACGACAACAAGGGUCGCUGUGGGUCACGGAUGGAAGCGCCACCUACAACAAGCGCAAGACUGUCAGCUUCAGGACGAGGAUGGACCUGGAGGACUUCAGCACCAUGUGGCUGUCAGUCGACUCUCCGUUUGAAGAAGCCAAGAAGAUUGAAGUGGACUACACUCACAUGGGUGAGAUAGAGCGGCAGUUCACGGGCCGAUACAACCUGAAGGUCCUACCUCACUUUGACACCAUCACCACUGAAGUUGUCCUGAGCAGCGGUGAUGUCAUCAGCAGCAAAAUCCGCGUGGACACGCCCUUCAAUGAGCUCAAGUACAUCGAGGUCAACUGUCGCACCCUUGUAGAUGACGGUCUGCGCCAUUCCACAGUCGAACUGGAUUAUCACCCUAAGCAGAUGUACAAGCUGGACACGGCUUACGUUUUGGAUUUUCCCAAGAACGUGGAUUUGGCAUUUAACCUUACCACUCCACAUCCGGAACUUCCCUCCCUUGUCACCGAGGUAGGAUUUAAAUACACCGACUCUGACGUCACCGGCAAGGUGAGACUAAUCGGCCCUAACACCAACUUUGAGGAGUUUGCAACAAGUUUCGGCCACCGCCGGAACGGCAACUCUUUAUCAACAAGCAUAGAUGCAACAGUUCCCUCCCUAAGAAAGAUGAAUGGCAAAGCAGAUCUCAGCUGGGAGAAUGAGAUAGACGGGACGAUAAGCUUUGACAGCAUAGGCCAGGGACAGGAACCCAUGCAGAUUCAUACUGAGUCCACCGUGGGUACACCUGGGAAGACUUCCGCACUAAAGCUGGUUUCCGCAUGAACGGAGACAGAUUGGAGUCCGAGAUCGCCUACUCCAACAAAGACGGUAACAAAGGUCUGUUUAUGCUGGCUACACCUGAUCCUGAUAUUGACUACCUGAAGGCCACCUUUCUUCACCGUCUGAACGAGGACGACUACGAAGGAAGAUGGACGGUCCAGUAUGGAGAAAACGCAAAACCCUAUGAAGCUGGCAUUAAGAGCACUUACUCCAACGACAAACUCGCUUUUGGUGUGGAUCUGAAAACUCCUCACACCGAGGAUUUCACUAUUGAUUUGGGAUUUUCAAGUGGCAAGAAGAUAGAAACAAAGGUGGCCUGCGUGUACGGAAUGGAUAAGGUUGACGCCUUGAUGAAGUAUAAAAUCCUCGAAAACUCGUGGGAUGUCGGUGGGGAGUUCGAAUACCGUAUCCAAGGUAAAGGCCGAGACAUCGGCCUGACGUUUACAAGAGAAGGACCUCUAAACGAUUUGAGCCUUCUCUCUACCGGGAAAUACAUGGGCUCCAAGGUUCAAGUAGAUGCUCGUUAUAAGGACGUCGGAAAGAAGAUUGGAGAGAUAUCCGUGAAAACAACGUUUUGACAAAUUCAAUAACCUGGCGGCAUCUUUUGAGCAUAGGGGAGACACCGAUCAGUUCGUUACCAAGGGAACGUUAAGAUAUAUGGACGGACAAGAAGCAGAGGGCAGCCUUGACUUUCAGAGAAGGGAAUGGAAGAAGGUUAACAUGACCGCCAUUUUGAAACUUCCAAUAGAAGAUUACAAAGACAAUAAACUGACUUAUGAACACAUCAGGCGCAAGAGCGGUCUGUCGGCCCAGACGGUUUUAACUCUCGGCAAAGAAAACCCCAUCUGUGGUGAAGUUCUUUUCCAAGGAGACUCGAAAUUAACCGUGACCGUUAAAGGACCUUUCAAGGACUUUAACACUUUCGAGGCCAAGGGGUUGUUUGACGAGAAAACCAAGAGCUUCGAUGGAGAGGCUUACCCUCACGCUCUAAUCAGCCAGAAAAAGCCGCUGACUGCCACUUACCUGGUCAAGGCCGAGAACUGGCCGGUGAUGAUCAACGUCAAGGCCCAGACACCCUUCCAGGAUUGGGAAAACACAGAGCUGACUGUAACACACGAUGGCGACCACAAGGCAUUCACUACUAUGUCCACGUUGAAGGCUUUGGCGGUGGGAACGGUCACCAGCGAGGCCAGCUGGACUUUCAACUCAGAAUCCUCCUUCGAGGGCACGUGGAGUCUUACGAGUGGCGUCUCUGGUGCCGAGAACCUUAAGCUGGCCGUCAAGAACACCAAAGUCCGUGGUGAGUAUCAAUCCCAGGUGGAGGUCGGCUGGGAGCUGUUGAAAGCCAUUCGUCUGCAAGGAUCAUUCUUGAUGGGAGAUGAGCAGAGCGACAACACCUAUCAGGGCAGCGUUUCCAUGACGACGCCCUUCAACAGUGUGCCGCAGGUCGGCAUUGCCUUAAGCCACACUUACGCUGAUUCUGGGAUCAAGGAAACCACUGUCGCUACCUACGACAACAGGAGAUACUUCGACGCCGACUUUGAGUACCUCGUAGGCGACCGACGCGAGGGAAGACUUGAGGUCCGCGAGAGCCUCGACCCAUGGAGUUCCUCGUAUCUGAAACUCAACUGGGAUAAAACUUCGCCAGAAAUGAAUAUUCACCUCUCCGGAAAGUAUAAAGAUCAGACAGACGAGCUGGGAACCGACAAGGAGGUGAAACUGGUGGCCGUCCAUCCUGCCAGAACCAUGGGCGUUGAGUAUGUGCUGAAGAAGGCAGAGAAGGAGUUCCAGACCUACAUGACUGUCACCUGGGAUCGUGAAGCCGACGGAACUUUGGCCUACGACCUCCGCUACAACGACCGCAGCUCGCGUUACACGUGGUCCUACGACGCCCUGAUGAAAGUGGCGGUGCCCAUGCGCAGUGUGCAGGUAGAGGGCGCCUACAGCGACACGGGGCGAGUGAAAAACACGCGCACGGCCAUCUUAUGGGACGCUGACCGUGAUAAAAACAUGAAGGUGGGCAUGAACGGAGCCUUAGACGUUCGCGGAGAAACAAGAAAGGUGCAGAUGGGCUUGGAGCUGCCGUUCAUUGACAAGGAAUAUUCCCUGACGACAGAGACGACAGUCAACUCGGGUAACACCCUCCUGGACACCCGUACAGAGUUCUCGUACUCCAACGACCCCAGACAGCUCCUCGUCCUCACCACGCGCUUCGAUGACGUGUCCUUCGGGCGUGACGCCACCACCAAUUAGCUGUCCUUAGGCCUCGUUCAUCCAAUGACGAACGUCGACAUCCAUAUGACGUCACAUGCGGGCUACUCAGAUCGCCUCGGUUCCAUGGCGACGAAGAUUUUAUACAUGACAGCAGACAGGCAGAGGAAGAACUUAGAAUUAAGAGGCCAGAUAGAUAAAUUAAGGAAAAACAUGGUACUGGAGUUGAAAUCCCCCUUCAAGAACCUGGCUUUGGAGGGAGAUCUCAUUGAAAGCGGCAACUACAACUUGAACUUGAGGACCAGAGAGGACGGGCUCCAGGGACAGGUUACUAGUGUCGUCAUCAACCCGACAGCAAGACUAUGGACCUACGCCCCCCAGCACGCAGUGAAGGUCUCCAGCUACAUUAUCAACGGCAACAUGUUGCAGACGGAGGUCACACGUCUGUCCGGUGGUCAGCGCGUCAGCGAGACCCUCGUCACCGUGCGCCUCAACUCUUCUCAUGUCCUGCACACGCGCGUCAACUGGCGUCCCAGCAUGCUCACCGACCUGCAGCAGUACAUCAGCACCCAGCUGACGGUGUUCAGUUACGCCAGCAGCGAGGCGUUCAAAGCAGCGGCGCAGACCGUGGGACAGGAAGUGGAAGCAAAGUAUCAGGCCAUCAUGGAGGAGAUGCGCGAGGAGACGAAGCCAGUCCUGGAACACUUGCAGAGGGAGAUCGGCAGCGUGCAGUCACAGCUGGACGUCCUCCAGAGAGAUAUGCGCCGCUUUUACGUCACUAACGCGCUGCACGUGCGAGACCUUGGGGAGAUGGCCAAUGAGGCCUUUACUCAGUUUUUUGAGUCGUUCCGGACACUGACUGAGGAAUACAAAGUCUUCUACAACGGCGCCCAGCAGCAGAUCCUAGCGGCCAUGCAAAGCCUGGGCAGGUACCCCAUGGCCGAGAAAUACGCGGAGCUGGUGCGGGACUUUGCUGCGGGACUUCUGAACACGCGAGCUCUGCUAGAGGGCGCCCUUGGCGAGCUGAGCAGACAGGUGGGGGAGCUGUCAGACGCCACCUACCGCCAGUACAUCCUUGCCUCCAGGCAAAUCACCAGAAAGCUUCAAAGUUACACUGCGGCACUCCAGCAAGCCACACAGUUUCACGGCUUCGGCAAUGUUUUCACGUCCUAUCCGUUGGUGGGGUCCUACGACAACUACCGCCAGCUGGCGGAGGCAGCCAAUGAGAAGAUGCUGGCAGCGCUGGACAAACUGGGUCUCAAGGGCCCCUACUUGAGCCUCAUGAGCAAGAGCAAACUUCUUCUGGUUGACCAGUUCAGUGACAUCGUCCAGCGACCUGAAUACCAGCAGAUCUACGUCAUCGGCAAUGAAAUCUAUCAACAGGACGUGACGCUGCUGGAGAUCACGCGCGUCAAGAACGCCAUCGUGGAUCUCGACAAGUCUCGCGUUAUCGUGUAUGACCCACAGCACGGAGAACUGCAGUUUGAAGUGUACCUGCCAGUGCCGCUGAAAUCCCUGGUAGAGCCACCUGAUGUACGCCUGACAAAGUACAUCAACCGCAUCAAAUCCUGGGUGACCACCUACAUACCCACACGCCGGCAUUCUUUGUGGACGUCAAUCAACAGCUACGUUCCCUUCAUGGAUACGGCCACAUGGCUGCCUCCUUACAAAGCCUACGGGUACAUCAUGGGGGAUCAGCACCUGGUGACCUUCGACCAGACGCACUACAACUUUGCCGGUCGCUGCAGCUACAUUUUGGCACGUGACAUGGUGGACGACAGUUUCACUGUGGUGGUCAACUAUAACAACCGACCGCGACAGCCGCAGAUCCAGUCCAUCAUCGUGCAGCUCCGGUUGGUGGCUGUCGAGGUCGACAGGGACGGCAAGGUGAAGAUCAACGACCAGGAGACAGACCUGCCCUUCUCCUCCUAUGGGUCGGUCAGGGCUGUGCGGGAUCAGAACGUGGUGAGGGUGCAAGACUUCGACGACCUCGUGGUCGAGAUGGACGCAACUCGCGGUAUCAUCAGCAUCGGCAUCAGUGGCUGGUACCACGGUCGGACGGCAGGACUCCUGGGCACGUAUGACAACGAACGAUUUAACGACCUCACCGAUGCCUCCCGUAAGGUCAACAACGUCGUUGAAGAGUUUGCCAACUCCUGGGAGGUCAGCCCCAGCUUCUGUCGCACCCGGAACACGGCCGGAAAUGACGUCCUUGACGAGUCGCUACCGGAAGUGCAGGCGUGCAACGCAUACCUCAACAGUUCGUCUUCGUAUUACACACCGUGCUUCGAGCAGUUAUCACCAGAGCAGUCUGUACGCGCAUGCGUGGAAUACGUCAGGUCCGGUGAGUCUCAGCUGAAGGCGCAGUGCCGAGCAGGGGAGCAGUACCGUUACAUGUGUCGCCGCAAGGGUGUGGUCAUCGGUACACCUGCAGAGUGUGUCACCUGCGCGUUCCCCGAGGGCCGAGAGGUGGCCGCUGGCUAUAGCGAGGAGGUACGAUCCGAGGAGGGUCAGAGGUCAGCUGACGUCGUCUUCGUGGUAGACGAGAGCGAGUGCAACAGCUGGGCCAGGAGUGGAAUCCCCCGCAUGGCCGCCCAGCUGGAGAAUGCCUUACUUGCACAAGGAAUGCAGAAAAGUCGAUUUGGACUGGUCAGUUACUAUGGUUACGGCCAGCCCGCUUUAGUUCACACAAUCCAGGGUCAAAUGUUUGGUGAUUCCAGCAACCUCCUCAAAGCCGCCGAAACUCUCAGCCUGACAGCCUCUGUCAGCGACAGGAGCCCUACAGACGCCCUCCGGUCCGCCAUGAUGUACCCGUACCGGGUGGGUGUGGCCAAGAUACUCGUGCUGGUGCCGUGCUGGUGCCGUGGUGACCUGGGUGACCUGGCCAGCGUUCUACAGUCGCACGGCUUUGUGCUGCACGUGCUGCAGGAGCAGCCGCUGAUGGUGGCGGAAUCCAGCAACAACAGCCCCUCCAAAGUCUUUGGCGCGGACAGGGACAUCGUGAUGACACGUCGGGGCACGUCCCGCAUCAGCAGCAGCCUGGGCGAGCACGUGCAGCUGCCGCAAGACCAGUGCGUCAGCAUGGCGUUGGCCACCAACGGUUCUGUCUUCGACUUCACGCACAUGCGCGAGCGCGACCGGAUCCAGCGCGAGUUCCUUGAGGCCUUCGCCACUCGCGCCGCCUUCACUGCCUGGCCACCCGCCUGCCAGGUCUGCAGUUGCCAUGACGACGGGGCCGGCGGCGGCCAUUCGGUGUGCCGUCUGUGUGAGGACAAUGCAGGGCACGAAAAUCAUAUUCCAUUCUGGCUUCAGUCUCCUACCACCAGCCUCAUGAGCGUGAUCAAUGACUUACACCACCGAGUUAUGACAGCUCUCUUGGUUCCUCCACUUAACUCAACCACAGCUGCAUGAACCUCUGACACCAUCCACCGCCACGUUCACGAACAAGCGUCACCCUCCUGCCCACCACCACCACCACCACACCACGCCAGGCAAUGCAAGACGCGGGAUCACGUAGUGUCGUCAACGUGAUCCUCCCAUCAUGCUGUAUUUGUGCAAAUUAGUCUACAGACGCCAUUGUGAUUGUAGGAAAUAUUUUGAUAUCGCUGUACUUUUUAACCACCUUUCCUUCAGUAUGAUGGAUUCUCAUAAUUAUGUUACUGUAUAUAUAUAUACAAUAUGUGUUUAGUUGCUGUCGUGUCAUUGUCGAUGCUUGACUCGAUAAUCAUAGAUAGCCAAAGAGUUUUAUGUUUUUGUUUCGUUGUUUAAUUUCUGUAUUUAUAUAUAAAAAAAAUUCAAAGAGCUUGCAGUUUGGCUCGUUUUCUGUUAUUAAGCUGGCAUACAAAGGUAGCUUAGAAAAUUCUUCUACGAGAACUGUUCAUACAUUCAGUGCAAAGUAUGUGUUUAUGUGUGCGUGUGAAGUUGUCGGCUUCAUUCUGCUCUCUUCCCCGCAGAUUUUGGAAAAUAUUGUUUAUCAAUACAGUGAAAAUUGUUUUUACAAGUAGGCUAGGCAAGUAGCAUAACUUUUCAAACACUAGACUAGCUGAGUAUUUAAUAAUGGAUGCUAGACGUGUCUAAUAAAUGCUUUCAAAGGUUAGAAAAGCUUUUAACUAGAGAGGUGUAGGUGUAGCCUGGUGGUUAAUGCACUUAUCUUUCAGUCAGAACCUCAACGGUUCGGUGUUCGCCUGGAAAACUAACUUGACCACCUUUGUUAUUAGUCACGGACUAUUAGUGUUUAGUCAGUUUUAUUCUAGUUUCGGAACGUAUUGUCUACAAUACUAUGACGCAGUAAAGUGCCUUUCAUCUUUGAGGAAUUCCAUUUUUAUUUCAAUAUCUUUUUUGAAGCCAGAAAGUGAGUCGGAGUGGGUUGGACAUACAGAAAUGCAAUGUUUGUUUUUGUUUACUUUUUCAAAGCAUUAAAGUAAAAAAAUACAAUGUG